UGGCAAAUAAAAAUCAAAUCAAACGAAUUUUGAAAAAUCCAGAUUAUCUGUUUGUUGCUUUACAGAAAACGGAAUAUAAAAAAGAAGGAAAUAAUUAUAAAUGGGAGUCCUAUCGCAGAAAAAGUUUCUCCUUUCCUGUUUAUAAGUAUUCACAGUGUUAGUAGCUGGGUCGAUCGACCUGGAGGAAAAGCCUAAUUCGAGGUUAGUGCCAUAAAUAGAAGAUAUAUCUUUGACCUUGAUCGAUCAAAAACGAGCAAAAAACAUAGAUCUCCAAAUUUGGGAGUUUGAGAUAUGGCGAUCCUGUACGCGCUGGUAGCUAGAGGAUCAGUGGUGCUAGCGGAGUUUACCGCGACGGCGACGAACGCCAGCGCCAUAGCAAGGCAGAUACUGGAGAAGAUACCAGGAAACGAGGACAGCCACGUCUCUUAUUCUCAAGAUCGUUAUAUAUUUCAUGUCAAGCGCACCGAUGGCCUUACCGUUCUCUGUAUGGCCGAUGAUACGGCUGGAAGGAGAAUUCCUUUCACAUUUCUUGAAGACAUCCAUCAGAGAUUUAUCAGGACUUAUGGUCGUGCUGUUCAUUCAGCCCAGGCUUAUGCCAUGAAUGAUGAGUUUUCAAGGGUUUUGAGCCAGCAAAUGGAAUAUUACUCAAAUGAUCCAAAUGCAGACAGGAUAAAUAGGCUAAAAGGUGAAAUGAGUCAGGUGAAAAAUGUCAUGAUUCAGAAUAUUGACAAAGUUUUAGAGAGAGGUGAUCGUUUGGAGUUGCUGGUUGAUAAAACUGCUAAUAUGCAAGGGAACACUUUCCGUUUCAGAAAGCAGGCUCGUCGUUUCAGAAAUACAGUAUGGUGGAGAAAUGUUAAGCUCACGGUUGGUCUGAUAAUCCUCCUCCUAGUGAUUGUCUAUGUUGUAUUGGCCUUUGUAUGCCAUGGACUAGCACUACCUUCGUGCCUGAAGUAAGGGCAAGGCAUUUAGUGAGAUUAUGAUCCUUCGUGGUUUUAUUAUUAUUAUUAUUAUUAUUAUUAUUAUUAUUUUUCUGCUUUAAUUGGCAGAUGAGGUAUUUCUCUUUGGAUUUUCAAUCCUGGAAGUUCUAGCAAAUUCUUACUUGUUCAAAUAUGAAAUACUUGAAUUGUCUGAGGUCUGCACUUUCUGCAACUGUGCCUCUCACUGAGACAAAUUGGUUGAGCUUGAAUUUCUGUUGCAUGGUUUGAUUAGUUUUAUUUAUUGAAGAUUUUUUUUUUUGUGUACUUUCAUUUACACAUUAUAUUUGUAGUUUUACUUUUGUCAAUGAGAUGCGGCGUUGUGUGCCA